AUGUGGGUUAGUCAUUGCCUGGCUAUAGUGAUGUUUUAUAAACGAUUAAUAAAUGAUAAACAGAAUUUCGUUCUAUUUCGUUAUGAUGGAGUAAUUGUGACCAUAAAAACCAAAAUAUUAAUAACGGGACAACACAUUAUGGAUCAUAUAUCGUCAAAAAUAUGUCUAGUCGAACAGGAAGUUGAAGUUGAAGGAUUUUUGAUCAUUGGUGGUUGUGUACAAUUCGAUCCAAUAUUUUCUUAUACAUUAAAGUCAUUUAAAGUACUAUUAUACAACAAAUGUUCGUCAUCAAAAAUCUGGUUUUGUGCAACAAUAAAUGUUGUUGAAGAAGAAGCAGUAUCCCCUGGUAAGAAGAUUACCAACACACUAUAUACAUGCUUCUUUACAGGAUGAAAAAGCCUAUAUAAAUAUAAAAUAUAAUAUCGGAGGUGAAUUUGAACCCGUUUGUCUCCUGAUAUUUGCCUUCGGUAAAAACAUCGUAAACGUAAUAACGUACUGCGUGAAAGUCUUGGCACAAAAUAUUCGUUCAUUUUCAGAAUACUUAUUAACAACUGUUGAGAGUCAAAAGCUGUCAGUUAAGAUCAGACUUUUGUGUUCUUUUUUUUCUAGUUUAAAAUGUUUAAUGUUGAUUAACUGUGAGCAAAUGAGAGCCAGAAAUGAGGUCUGAAUAUUUUUGGUCUAUUAUUGUAUUUUCAUUAAACUUACUGAACUCAAAACAUGGAACAUCCUUUAAUACAGCAGUUUUGGUUUUUUAGAGCAAAGUUUGCGCUAUAAAACUGCUUUCUCUACUUUUCUCUCUGGCAAAUAUGUUUCAAACUUACUGAUUUUAAAAGGCAGGUUUUGAAAAAUCACUUUUUUAACAGAAUGCUGUUUUACCUAGACAGUAGCUCUCAGAAAAACUUUGAUAACUUUUGAGUCUCUCAAGUUGUAAGCCGCUGUAAUACCUCAUUUUAUAGAGAAUUAAAUGUUCUACAAUGGUACCGAUUUCAAACUGCCUCGAAAUACUACCCGCACAAGCUACAGCUUACGCAAAACCUCCUAUUUUUUGCGUACAGACUUUAUUUUUGGCUCUUUCAAACAUUUGCUCACAGUUAAUCAGCAUUAAACUAGACAAAAAAAUCUGAACAUAUAUUCGGAAAUAACACAAAAGUCUGAUCCUAACUGACGGCUUUUGAUUCUCAACAGUUGUUAAUAAGUAUUCUGAAAAUGACGAACAUUUUGUGCCAAGACUUUCGCGCAGUAGGUUAGUGAUAAAAGAUGCAGAAACAUUAGAAGACCUAAUAAUAAACGCGUUUCAUAGAUUAACGACCGAAAACGCUGCACUUUCCGUUAAAAUUGAUGGAACGCGUGAAAAAGCGUUAAAAAACGCACACGUUUCCACGCGUGAGCAAAAAUUAAACGGAUUUUCUUGAAGUUUUGGCCGUGAAAUAGCGUAAAAAAUGCAUUUAACGGAAUUUAACGCCUUAAUUUCACUCAAAACUCCGUUAAGUGUCAUAUUUUUUUGUAUGGGAGGCAUGUUCUGCAAUAUAUGUUCAGUUUAUUAGCUUUGAUUAACUCACAAUAAACUGGUAUGAAGUUUUCAUCAAUAGAGUCAUCGUUGAAAAAGAUAGAUACAUUUGUCUUUCGUAUCAUGCUAGUAGAUAUCAGAAUCCAAUCGUUUGCGAUGAGUAGAAGAUCUGGCACUUCCGAGCAGAUAUCCUGGAUAUUUAUUCGUUCGUUGUAUAGGAUACAUAUGGCGCAAGAUACGAUAAAAGAAAAGGUUUUUUUCGCUCUGUUGCAAGUACAGUGUGCAUGUAACUGUUCCUAUCAACACUAGGCGAAAGGUAAUUUAUUUUUUUCUGUCCCUUCAAAAUAAAACUAUUCUUGCCCUACGCCCUCUCUUUCAUGAAAUGUAUAGAAGUCUAUAGAAUUUUUCUGAGCGACCCCGACACUUGAGCGACCGCCACUUGAGCGACCGACAGUUGAGUAAUAACGACCGUUCAGCACCAAGUGCUCACCCUCACCCUCACCCUCACACACCCUCACCCUCAGAUCUCCAAAUAAUUCAGUUCAUAAUCGGACGACAAAAAAAUUGUUCUGAUCAUCGUUAUCGAAGUGAAUAAUCAUUCGACUUUCCUGAUCGGCAAAAAGUCAUAUUGAAAAGUGU